UAUAAUUUGAAAUAUAUAUCAAGUAAAUAUUUAAGGAUAUAUUGGUUUCUUAUUUAAUUGUUACAAUAUUAAAAUGUUGCGUUCAUUAAAUCGAAUUCAGUUCAAUAAAUUAUUAUUUACAAAAGUUUUUAAUCAUUCAAACUUAUUUCGAUGGCAUUCAACGUCACCUAUUUGUAAUUAUGGUUUAUGUUUAGAUGUCGAUGGUGUUUUGGUCAGGGGUAGUAAGGCAAUUCCUGAAACGAGAACUGCGUUAAAGCUUUUAAAUGGUGAGAAUAAAGCUAAAAAAAAAAUUCCUUUUAUCUUAUUAACAAAUGGUGGAGGAAUUACCGAAAAGGAAAAAGCUAUUGAACUUUCUAAAAUACUUGAUUUUAAUUUAUCAGAAGAUCAAGUCAUAUUGUCACAUUCACCUAUGAGAUCUUUGGUUCCCACGUACCAAAAUUCUCAAAUUUUAGUAUUAGGCGGUGCUGGUGAUAAUUGUAGAAAGGUUGCUGAGAGUUAUGGAUUUAAUCGAGUUGUGAUACCAAACGAUAUUGUAGCGUGGGAUCAAAGUAUUUGGCCAUUUACAAAAUUAAGUCAAGAAGAUUUAAAAUUGAUAAAGAAAAUCGAUUUUUCAAAAGAACCAAUAAAAGCAAUUAUGAUGUUUCAUGAUAGCCGUGAUUGGGGACGAGAUUUACAAAUAACAUUGGACGUAUUAAGAAGUAAAGAUGGAUAUGUUGGAAAAUUAGAAAAUAAUGAUGUGGCAAAUUUAACUAAUAUUCCACUAUAUUUCUCAAAUCCUGAUAUUAUUUGGUCAAAUGACUUUCCAAUUUCUAGAUAUGCUCAAGGAUCAUUUAGGAUAUGUUUAGAUUUUUUAGCCGAGGUUAUAACGGGUCACAAGCUUAAAUAUAAAUUGUUUGGAAAACCAGAGCCUGUAACUUAUUUGUAUGCAGCUGAAAAAUUAAGAAAAUUUGCCAUGAAAUUUACUGAUGAGAAUGUUCCUAACAGGAGAAUUUACGCUGUUGGAGAUAAUCCUGCUUCAGAUAUUGCAGGAGCAAAUAGAGCAGGAUGGACAUCAAUAUUAGUUAGAACAGGAGUAUUUUCAGGAAAAGUGAAUGAUCCAAUAAAUCCUGCUAACCACGUUGUUGAUAAUAUAUUACAUGCAGUUGAGUGGAUAUUUUCCAAAGAAGAAGGGAUUUAAAAAAAUUGGAUAUCGGUGAUCAGUUGUAUUAGAAAAUUAUUAUUUUUUUAAAAAAAAAUGAUUUUAAUGAUAAUGAUAAUUUAUUAAGUUAAUAAAUUUUUUUGAUAGAUUUUUUUU